UCGGGCACACACACUUCCCCACCGGACCUCCGCUUCAUCCACUACAAUGAUGUCUACCACGUCGAACCAGGCUCCCGCGAACCCGUCGGCGGCAUCGCACGCUUCCAGACCAUCUGCGACUCCUACCGCAGCUCAACACCCACCUAUGCCAACCAGCCCGAACUCCUCACCUUUUUCAGCGGCGACGCUUUCAACCCCUCUUUGGAAUCGUCGGUGACCAAGGGCAAACACAUGCUCGGCGCUCUCAACUCAUUGCACACCUCCGUUGCAUGUCUGGGAAACCACGACCUCGACUUUGGCGUUGAGCAAUUCCGAUUUCUGGCGGAUCGCUGUGACUUUCCCUGGUUGUGCGCUAAUGUUCUUGAUCCCGCGUUGGGAGAGAAUGUUCCACUGGGAAAUUGCAACCGGACGGUCAUGUUGACCAGUUCGAAUGGGAUCAAAGUCGGAGUCGUGGGUGUGGUGGAGAGGGAAUGGAUGGAGACGAUCAAUGUGCUGCCGCCGAAUUUAAAGUACAUCAGUGCGUCGACGACGGUGGCGGAGUUGGCGCCCAAGUUGCGAGCAGAAGGCGCGGAGAUGAUCGUUGUCGUUUCACACCAACGAGAACCCAACGACAACAAAUUGGCGACGAAACUGUCCCCCGGCGUGGCGGACAUCAUCCUAGGUGGCCACGACCACUUCUACGCCCACUCCAUCAUCAACGGCACGCACGUCCUCCGCUCCGGUUCCGACUUCAAACAGCUCUCCUACCUCGAAUGCCGGCGCAAAACCGAUGGCUCAUCCGGGUGGGACAUCUCCAUCACCCGCCGCGACAUCCUCAGCGCCAUCCCCUCGGACCCAUCCGCCGUGGAAAUGGUCAACAACAUCACCGCCGGCCUGCGUCCCAAACUCGAGAAACCAAUCGGCUACACCGUUGCACCCCUCGACGCGCGCUUCACCACCGUUCGCCGGAAAGAGUCCAACUUGGGCAAUUUCGUGUGCGACCUCAUGCGGUUUCACUACAACACCGACUGUGCGAUCAUGGCGUCCGGCACGAUUCGCGGGGAUCAGAUUUACCCCCCGGGAGUCCUCCGGGUGAAGGAUAUGAUGAAUUGUUUCCCGUUUGAGGAUCCCUGCGUCGUGGUCGCGGUGAAGGGGAAGGAUAUUGUCGCUGCGUUGGAGAAUUCCGUGAGUACAUAUCCCGCUCUCGAGGGCAGGUUUCCACAAGUGUCGAACAUCACACUCGUGGUGGAUCCAUCGCAACCUUCGGGCAGUCGAUGCGUGGAAGUGAGAAUUGGAGGGGAGACGGUGGAUGCGGAAAAGGAGUACACACUCGCCACGAGGGACUACAUGGUUCGCGGCAAGGACGGCUUCACAUCGCUGAUGGAUGUGGAACAUGGUGGCACGGCACGGAGUAUCGUGAGUGAUGAGAAUGGACUGUUGAUCUCGAUGAUUCUGCGGCAGUAUUUCAUGGGACUGAAGACGUUGGGGAAGUGGAGACGGUGGGGCGAGGAGAUGGAGGUGCAUUGGGAUAAGGUCCAUGGGGGGAUGAAGGAGGUGGCGAGGAGUGGGGAGAGCAGUCCGAUCAACGAGAGGGCGGAGAAGAAUGGGACAGAUGCAGGAGGCGGGUGGAGGGAGGAGCAGAAGAAGCAAUUGGAUCGGGAUCAUCGGGUUUCGUUGGUGGGGAGGGCGCAGCAUCCUACGACUACUGAUCAAACACCCGCGAAACCGAAACAUCGCCGCCUCGCGUCGAACCUGUCAUCAGACAGUGAAGAGGAUGAGAGGGAGGAUGAGGGGGAUAGUCUCCCGCCUCCCACGAGUCCGGUCGAGGAGAGGAGAUUGAUGUUGAUGCGAAAGGUGAUGAGGAAGUGGUGGCGUCUGGCAGGACUGAAAGGGAACGCGAAUAUGGUGGAGCGGAAAGGGGAUGGAUUUGGCGUAUUGUGGACCAAGGGGAUUUGUCCCGUUGUUGAGGGGAGGAUCGUUAUCUUGGGGACGUGA